AUGGCGAAAAACGACGUUUGCAACAUUGAUGAAAUGGAGAAAGAAAAUUCUGAGACUGAAAUAAAACGUGAGAAUCAGUUAAGUGAUUUGAUUACCAACGUGCGUUUGUUAGUCGAUUAUGACAGUACUUGCUUAGCCUUUGUGGAAGAGUUCGCCAGCAAAAUGGAAAAGAAAUUAGAUAUUUUAAUAAAGGAAAAUUUCGGUUUGAAGAAUGAGCAAGGAGAUACAGGAAUAACAGUUUUUUUCUCUUUCUUGCAGACGGAAUACGGAUUAACAGAAGAACAAAUAACAGAGUUCAAAGAAGCCUUUAUGCUGUUUGACAAAGAUUCGGACGGUAUGAUUACAACAGCUGAGUUAGGAAUUGUCAUGAAAUCAUUAGGACAACGUCCAACAGGUAAUGAACUACGAAACAUGGUUUUGAUGGUAGAUCAAGAUGGCAAUGGAACUAUUGAAUUCAACGAAUUUCUCUUCAUGAUGUCGAAGAAGAUGAAAGAGUCAGACAGGGAAGAAGAGCUUUGUGAGGCUUUCAGAGUUUUCGACAGGGACGGAGAUGGUUAUAUAAGUGCCACAGAACUCAGACAUGUUAUGACCAACCUUGGUGAGAAGCUUACGGACGAUGAAGUGGAGGAUAUGAUUAAAGAAGCAGAUCUAGAUGGUGAUGGUCUCGUCAAUUACAAAGAGUUCGUGACGAUUUUGACUUCAUCAAAGUGAAAUUUGUCCUAAAAUCACAUCUGCACGUGUUGGAAAUAUUUUGAAGAACUAUGCAAACAACUAUUUUCAUUAUGUGAUCACAACUUUUGCUGCGAGUGGACGUCGUUCAAAAGAUAAAAAUAUUUUCACCCAGGAUCCUCUUGUGAUAUUCUAGCCAUUUUUGAGCCCGGUGAUUGUUCUACUUUUGGAAUUCACUUAUAGACACAAAUACCAGUGCUUGUGAGAAAUAAAUAAUUUUUAAAUAAUUUAGUGUUUUUACUAAAAUAAAGUGAAUUUAAAAAAUACAGUUUAAUUAAACAAUCACCAUAUUUACAUUUGGAUGUUUGGCAAUUUGUAAUAUUCAUCAUCCGGGUGCUUUUAGGAAAGUCUUAAAUUAGUGAAACUUAUGGUUCGGUGCUGCUUUCUCAACAAUUCAUGUGUCAAAUGUUUUUGUUACUGAAGAACAAUAAAGAUUAUUGAAUUUUAAAAAAUGCCACCAGAGUAUCAACACAAUCAAAACGACAAGAAACUUCAGACACAAAUAACUGGUUUUAGAUUUCACGCAGGACAACACUCUUUGUUAUAAUAACACUUUAGAUAGUGCGUUUAGGACAUGUAUCAGCAACCCUUCAAAGAACUUCUUUUUGUUUUUUUUUUUAAGAUCAAAACAUUUCAUGAACCGCAACGUGAAUUAGGCCUAACGUUAUGUUACACUUUAAAACGCCUAAUGAGGUCUUGGCACAUCUGCCUACAUUUCACAUUUAAAUUCAAAUUGGUUGUGUUGACAAUAAAGGCUUUGUAAUUUGAAUGUAAAAUAGAAGGGGGUGUGUGAAAU